GGGAAAACUCGGGGUGGUGGAGUUCCUCCAGCUGCGGAGCUCCCGGACCGUCGUCAUAAUGUGCUAGCAUCGCUGUUCGAGCCGAGGCCCUUUUUCUUUCUCUGCAAACGCUGGAACGUUGCUCCGUCUACCUUGAUAUUUGCCCGGUGUAGACAACAAUUCAUGCUUCACGAGGCACCCGUACAGAAUCAUACCACCACAUAAACACUAAUCACCGCUAUAUGGUGUCUGCGUUGACGAAGAAAUAGGCAAGCCCUGCAAUCCUGAGACGAGGCCAUUGCAUCAUAUCUGAAUAUAACCUGAGCACCACACCACCAUCGGCUUUGAGCUCCAACACAACACCACCACUCAACCACCAAAUUCCCAAUACACCCGCCAUAAUGACGUCCGCAGUUCUGGCAGGUAGCACCGGCCGAGUCGGCUCCCACAUCCUCACCACCCUCCUCGCCCUCCCCUCCAUCUCCGCCGUCUUCGCCUACACCCGCCGCGACCUCGCCCACCUCACCUCCCACAAACUCACGCCCCUCCAAUCCCUCUCUCCUACCGAUUGGCCCUCCCUCUUCCCCACCUCCCCGCCGCCCCAGCUCUUCCUCUCCGGCCUCGGCACCUCCAAAGCCGCCGCCGGCUCCUUCGAAAACCAAUACAAAAUCGACCACGACCUCAACCUCGCCCUCGCCACCGCCGCCAAGCACGCCGGCGCGGACACCUACGUCCUCAUCUCCGCCGUCGGCGCGUCCGCCACCUCGCGCUUCGCGUACAACCGCAUGAAGGGCGAGCUAGAAGAGGCCGUUAAAGCUUUGGGGUUUGAACAUACGGUUAUUGUAAGGCCGGGGUUGAUCGUGGGGCAGCGGGAGAGCGCGGGCGCGGCCGAGGUAGUGCUGCGGAGCGUGGCGAAUGGGCUGGGGAAGGUGUGGAAUGGGCUGAAGGACCCGUGGGCGCAGGACUCGGUUGUGAUUGCGCGCGCGGCGGUGGCCGCGGGGUUGGCGUGUGUGGAGGGGAAGCGGGAGGCAGGCGUGUGGGUGGUGGGGAUGGGGGAGAUUGUUAGGUUGGGGAGAGUGGAGUGGAGAGAGUAGGUGGAGUGGGUAGGCGAUGGGGAGUGUUGAAGUGCGAGAUUUAGUAAUGGUAGUGGAGGGUAGAUGGUUUGAAGGCGUGGCGUAGGGAUACCCAUUGUCUAUCUUUUUUUUGGUGUUUCAAGGACGAAAUUCAUUCUCUGCCGAAGUUAUGGGCCGCUGGGAGUAUUUGGCGUUUGCAAUUGCACGUUUAACGAAGUGUUUUGAAUCAUAAUUAUCCUUGUCUCCAAUUCUAGUCCGGAGACCAUGCUCUACAACCAUCUCUCCGUGGUCUUACAGUGUG